AUUAUCAAAUAUUAAAAAAAAAAAAUCUCUUCGUGCUGAAAAUUGAAACACCACCGUUCACCUAAUAAAGCUUUCGGAUAAGAUUUCCGGCGAUUAAAACAAACAGACGAAAAUUAAAAACAGAAUCAAAACCAAGUCGCCAUGAAAGCCCUAGUGUGUUCCUUUUGCCAAGCUCUCCUCCUCUCGAAGCCUCCGCCAUGGAAUCAAAGAAGCCGAAUCAACGACUCAACAAUCACGAAGAAACUCAGCAAUUUCACGAGAAUAUCCAGAGGUCAAGUCCAAGUAAACGCCAAGGGCUUCAGUGGUUCUCCGUCGACGGCGAAAGACAGAGAAAUCGAAGCGAAAAAGCUUUCCGGCCAAAACAACAAGAAGGAAGACGACGACGACGAAAUUCCAGAAGCCGUAUACAGCAGGAUUAUAACGAGAAUCUUGGCUUUCGUCGGAGUUCCGAUGGCCUUCGGUGUGACAUUGCUGAAGAUUUUCCAGGCGAUCAAGGAGCAAAACGUUUGGGAUGUGCCGAUUUGGCUGCCAUUUUUGACGACUUUCUUGACAUUCGGAGCUUCGACGAUGGGAAUUGCUUACGGGACGUUAUCGACGAGUUUGGAUCCGGAGAAGAAAGGAUCUGUGUUCGGAUGGGAAGAGGCGCAGAAGAAUUGGGUUGAAAUGUGGAAGGAGGAAGAUGAAGAAGCCAGGCGCUGAGGAAAAUAAUCGGCCCUCUGUUUGGUUACGGAGGUACCAUAACCCGGAUAAGUCUCUCCUUUCUUCUUCUUUUUUUGAAAUGUAGCCAAAAAUGCAUAGAUUAUUAUGUAAUUUGUAUGCAUAAAGUAAUUACUAUAUAAUUUGUGGUUUUUGCUUUUCAAAUAUGAUUUCUGUUUUUCUCUAA